UGCCGACAUACAUACAAUACGUCCAACUUAUUCGUCGUGCUUUGCCUUUUCCCUCAUCCUUCAUGUUUACCGCUCGUUCUCUCGCUUCCGUGGCUUCUUAUUCUUCCGCAUCAGUAGCUCGCCAAAUGAGCAGCGCGUCGAAAAAGGUCGCCGUGCUCGGAGCUGCCGGAGGCAUCGGGCAACCGCUCUCGAUGCUUCUCAAGCUUAGCCCCGCCAUUGGGGAACUCGCCUGUUACGAUAUCGUCGGUACUCCCGGGGUAGCUGCGGAUCUCAGUCACAUCCCGACCAGGGCCAGAGUGUCCGGUUGUCUUCCCGCCGCUGGGGCUUGGCCUCCCCGCGGCAACGAGGGACUCGGUGAAGCCUUGACCGGGGCCGACGUCGUCGUCAUCCCCGCCGGGGUGCCCCGCAAACCCGGUAUGACACGGGACGAUCUCUUCAACACCAACGCUGGGAUCGUCAAGACGCUCAUCCAAGGCGUCGCCGAGUUUUGUCCCGAAGCCGUCAUUGCGAUUAUCUCCAACCCCGUCAAUAGCACCGUCCCCAUUGCCGCCGAAAUAUUGAAACAAAAGGGCGUGUACAACCCCCGUAAGCUCUGCGGCGUAACCACAUUCGACGUCAUUCGUGCCAAUACCUUUGCCGCUGCACACAUGGGUGUGGACCCGGCGUCUGUCGACGUGACGGUCAUUGGCGGACACGCCGGUAUCACCAUUCUACCACUCUACAGCCAGCUCGAAGGCUUUGCGCCGUCCGACGCGGAACGGGAAGCCAUUACGGUCCGCACACAGUUUGGUGGCGACGAAGUCGUCCAAGCCAAGGCUGGAUCGGGAUCGGCCACACUAUCCAUGGCCUACGCUGGAUACCUCUUUACCGAAAAGGUGUUGCAGGGAUUGAACGGUGAAAAAGUAACGCAGUGCGCUUACGUACAGUCCGAUUUGACCGAUUGCAAAUACUUUGCCAGUCCGUGCGAAUUUGGACCCAACGGAGUCGAAAAAGUCCUCGGAUACGGAACUUUGUCGGCCUACGAACAAGCCUGGUUCGACAAGAUGAUUCCCGACUUGCAAAAACAAAUCAAGAAAGGCGAAGACUUUGUCAACGCUUAAGAGCAGAUGAAUGUUCUCGGCCUUUUACUAGAAGAGAAACCUGGACAGAAUAAUUUGUAGUAGUGAAUCAGAAAGAGAAUCAUCUUA